AACCUAGUCAUUGGUAUAACAAUGUAAAUAUUAGCAGAAUGAAAGUAUAAUGGUGAUUAUCCAUUUAGUUUCAGACUCAUCUGAAGUCUGUGGAAGAAGUAAAGAAUUUUCUAGUUAGGAUUUCAAAAAUGGGACAUAAAUUACUUGCCUUCUUCUUCACCUUAAUAUGUAUACCAGGUCUUUUUGCAUUCACCUUGGAUGCAUCAAAAAACCCUGUGGCAGUCGGGAGCAAUGUCACCAUAACUGUGAACGACUUCAUCCCCAUAACAGUUGGAUCCUGGUUGUAUGAGAGUAGUAUAUUGUUCAUGUGGUACUCAGGGGACCUUAUUUCGGGUAGUAACCAACAAGCUGGAAUAGAAUUUAACAUCACUACAUUUCAGCUGACCUUAUCGUCAGUAACUCUGAAGAGUUCUGGCAAGUAUGCAUUGGAUGCCUUGAGACCGAACAAGACCAGAGCAGAGAUUACAUUAGAUGUUCAGGAACCUGUCAGUAAUGUAACUGCAGAUGUAAGCAUGACAAACCUGGUGGAGUUUAACGACACCGUGUCGUUCACAUGCAACGCCAGCGGCACGCCACUGUGGUUUUCAUGGCAGAACGGCAGCUCUGCAGUCACAGCGGGAGGAAGAGUUCAGCUCAACAACAAUGGCCGAAAUCUCGUCAUCAGCGGUGUGACGCGGUACGAUGAAGGACCAUUCCAGUGUAUUGUGAAAAACAAUAUCAGCAAUGGAGACAGUAUUCAAAAGAAUCUCACUAUAAGCUAUGGGCCUAGUAACCUGAGAAUUACAGCCUCGCCAGAGAAAAUGGUAUACGCUUCUGGUUCGGCCAUUUCUCUGUCAUGCUCUGCUGACUCCAAACCAUCAGCUUCUUUCUACUGGAUGUACAACGGCAAUCUUCUGAAUGUCAAUAGUUGGAGUUAUAAUCUUACAGACACUACUCAGAACAGAACGGGACUGUACACCUGUGUUGCCCAAAAUGCAGUCACGCUUAGAUAUGCUGAAGUGUCAAAAACUAUUCGUAUAGUUGAUCCAAUUUCAGCAGUGUCAGUGAAUCCAUCAGGCUCUCCAGUAGAAGACAUGCCUUUUAAUCUAAGCUGUAAUGUUGUGGGGCCAGUGGACUCCAUUCAGUGGUUGAAGAAUGGCAUGGACCUGUACGCCGACAAUACGAUCACUUUCUUCAAUGGCAACUCAACCUUGAGCUUUAAGAAAAUGGCUCUUACUGAUGACGGACUGUACACAUGUGCAGCUAGUAAUGCUGUCAGCAACAAUAAAAGCCAGGCCUACAACCUUAUGGUCAACUAUGGCCCAGUCAACACAACAGCCACUGGUCCAGAUGUAGUAGCAGAGGGAUCCAAUGUGACCUUCACCUGUUCCUCUGUCUCUCGUCCUCAAAGUCAAUACAGCUGGUAUUUCAAUGACUCAAUGGUGGCCGUGGGCUCAGUGUAUGUAACUGCGGCUCUCCCACGAAACCAUAGCGGACAGUACACCUGCAUGGCCUUCAAUAACAUCACCGGGAUUAGCAGCACCGCCUCAGUGCAGUUAACUGUACUUGCUCCUGUCAGCAACGUUAUGGUGAAUAUGGACAAUCAGCAACCGAUCUUCAACCAAACAUUCACGCUAACCUGCACUGCCAGUGGAGAUGUUGAGCACAUUCAGUGGAUGAAGAACAGCGUAAAAAUGUCUGACGACAGUCGGAUCACUUUCUCCAAGAACAACUCAGUUUUAAACUUUAACCCACUCUUUCUCAGUGAUGAAGGACCGUAUGAGUGUGAAGCCAGUAAUGCUGUCAGCAACAUGACCAGUCUGGCCUAUGACCUCAAGGUCUCCUAUGGUCCAUGGAACAUAACUAUCUCUGGUCCAGCUGUAGGAGCUGUAGGACAAAAUGUGACCUUCAACUGUUCUGCUAACUCUUACCCCACCAGUCAAUACAGCUGGUUCCACAAUAGUUCAAUGGUGGGAAAUGGCUCAGUGUAUGUGACUGCGGCUCUCUCACUAACUAACAGUGGACAGUACACCUGCAUGGCCUUCAAUCACAUCACAGGCAGCAGCAGCAAUGCUUCAGUGCAGUUAACAUUAAAAUAUCCAGUCAGUCAUGUCAUUGUAAAUGCGGGCAAUCAGUCACCAAUCUUCAGCCAACCAUUCACACUAACCUGCGCUGCCAGUGGAGAUGUUGAGCACAUUUAUUGGAUGAAGAAUGGCAUGCUUCUGUAUCCUGAAAAUGGAAUCACUUUCUCCAUUGACAAUUCCACCUUGAGAUUCCAAAAUCUCUCUCUCAAUGAUGACGGACAUUAUCAGUGUGUAGCAAGUAACGCUGUCAGCAACAUGACCAGCCUGGCCUAUGACCUGAUGAUCAACUAUGGUCCAUGGAACACGACAAUCAAAGGCCCAAUCAUGGCAGAGACUGGGUCCAUUGUGAACUUUAGCUGUACUGCGGACUCUCGUCCUCAAAGUCAAUACAGUUGGUUCUACAAUAGUUCAAAGGUGGGAAAUGGCUCAGUGUAUGUGACAAACCCACUAACAAACAGUGGACAGUACACCUGCAUAGCCUUCAAUCACAUCACAGACAGCAGCAGCAAUGCUUCAGUGCAGUUAACUGUCAUUGAUGCCAUCACUGCAGUGGAGGUGAUCUCUGAUACUCUCAAUCCUCUGGCAACUCAAAGCCUGAAGCUCAAAUGUGAUGUGAAGGGACACUACGACACACUCCACUGGCUUCGAAACAACCAGAGUUUCCAGUCAUCAGACAGGGUUACAUUUUCAGCAGAUAAUACCACUGUGACCUUCACAUAUCUGAAGACCGCUGAUGACGGGAUAUACCAGUGUGUCGCAGCAAAUCCAGUGAAACAGCAUGCCAGUAACCCAUAUAAUCUUGUGGUCAACUUUGGACCACAGAGUGUGCAGAUCAUUGUACGUCCAGGGAUUCCCCCCAAGCUGACAUGCCAAGCAUUGUCUCAGCCGCCAGCUGAGUAUCAUUGGAUCCUAGAAAACAACACAGUAGUGGGAAAUCAAUCUACCAUUGAGAUUCCCCUGAAGUAUAUCCUGGGCAGCAAUUACACCUGUGUGGCCAAAAACCCUUUGACAAAUGUGACGAUCUACACCAGCCAAGUCAUCGAUUACUACAAUGCUGCCGUCAGCGUCCAGGCGAGUGUGGUGAUGACGGCUCUCCUCGCUCUGCUGCUCCCUGUGCUGGAGGAAUGGCUCUAAUACUGAUAUUACCAAUAUAACAUGGUGUUAGUCUGUCAUGCCUGUAUGAGGACUUACUGUCUGAAUGAGGCUUGUAGAUUAGCUGAACUGCUAAAAUUAAAUGUAAAACAUAUUUAAACAUUAAUGAAAGCCAGGCAUAAGCAUUUACUCAUGCAACACUCUUUUGGCAAGUACAAACUAAAAAAAAAAAAAAAAGAGGGUUACAUUUUAAUA